CUGGAAAGCAACCUUCCAUUGAAUAGACUCCUAACAUUCUCUCAAUCUCUCUUUAAUGGAUGAAGGAGCUCAGUCACUAGCUCAAUCUCAAUCACCCUCCAAUAAUUGUAGCAGUCACGUGACCUCAACUCCCGAGCACGUGUCAGAUAGCGGAUUCUCAGCUCCGGUAGAGGCGAUUUUCUCCGGCGGAUCGAGCUACGGAGCGAAGUACAGGCUUAUGUCUCCGGCGAAGCUUCCGAUCUCCAGGUCAACUUGUAUUACUAUUCCUCCUGGACUCAGUCCGACGUCGUUUCUCGAAUCGCCCGUUCUUCUCUCGAACAUCAAGGCAGAACCUUCUCCCACCACAGGUUCCUUUUUCAAGCCCCAUUUGAUGCAAGGAAAUGGUGAAACUUCAGUCUUGCCAUUGGAAAAUAAUUGUUCUGGUGGCAAUAGUAUUGAUGAAAGAAUGCCCAGCAAUUUCGAGUUUAAUUUUCACACUGGAUCUAGUUGUGCAUCAGGAUUAUCAUCCAAAGGACCAAUGAUUCCUGCAGGUUUGAAUGGGACGCAGACUGGACCCUACAGUCGAGUUCACGAUCCUUGCUUUCUGCAGAAUCCAGCACCUUCACAUAUGGCUACACGUGAGCUGCCAAGUUCAAUAGUAUUUGGACCAUCUACACUUAAGAACACACAUGGUUCAUCGUCUUGUGGAACUGUUGAUGAAUUGAACCAGGGAGGUUACUUCAAUACAGACAUCCAAGUGUCGCCUUCUGAUCAUAAAGAUGGCAUCUCAAUAACAUCUGAGAGAACAUUAGAUGAUGGGUACAACUGGAGAAAAUACGGGCAGAAACUCGUUAAAGGAAGCGAAUUUCCUCGAAGCUAUUAUAAAUGUACAUAUCCAAGCUGUGAGGUGAAAAAGAUUUUUGAACGUUCGACAAAUGGACAGAUAACAGAAAUUGUCUAUAAGGGUUCACAUGAUCAUCCGAAACCUCAACCUGCCCGCAGACACAAUCCUGGUGCCCUUAUGUCCAUUCAAGAGGAUAAAAUGGACAAUGAUGUAUCAGGGAUUGGUCACGAGGACAAGCAGAGCACCAAUAGUCUGACUGGUAACAUGGACCCAAAUAUCUCCCCAGUGCUGUCUCCUCAGCUAUUAAAUGAGGAUGGUCUAAAAGGUGCAGGUUCACGACUUCAAGGCACUAAUGAUGACAUUGAUGAAGAUGAUACCUUUUCAAAGCGAAGGAAGAUAGAGGAUGGUCUUGAUCUGAAAACAAUUGUUAAGCCCAUUCGUGAACCACGAGUUGUUGUUCAAACUGUGAGUGAGGUUGAUAUAUUGGAUGAUGGGUAUCGAUGGCGGAAGUAUGGGCAGAAAGUAGUCCGAGGCAAUCCAAAUCCCAGGAGUUAUUACAAGUGCACUAGUACUGGUUGCCCAGUCAGGAAACACGUCGAAAGGGCUUCCCACGACCCCAAAGCAGUUAUAACUACAUAUGAGGGUAAGCACAAUCACAAUGUUCCAAAUGUCAAGACCAGCAACCAUGAAUUUUCUUCACACCCAGGCUAGUGUAACCUCAUGAACCAGGCCAGAAGAUAAUUCGACCGGCCUUAAUCUUGGUGUUGGAUAUAACAGCAUAGUAGAGAAUAGAACUAAUGAACAAAACCCAGCAUGCUAUGGUAUUGUAAAUGGUGGCUUGAAUCUGCAUGGAAAUAGAGAAAAUGCUGUUGAAGCUCAUAAGUUUCAGACACACCCUAUAUACCCUUUUCAUCAAUGUCCUCAAAAUCUGGGAAGAGUAGUCAUGGGCCUACAAUUGUAAACCGACUUUUUAGAAAAUAUAUAUUAUACAGAAAUUCAACUUUUAUUUUUCAGUUGUUUGGUUAGUGAAAGUCUGUAGCUCAAGGUAAAUUACUAAUGCUUCAAUAGCUUGCACAUUAGACUGUAUUGGGUAAUACAAUGAAUACGAUAAUAGCCAUUGAUGGCAA